AUGUCCGAGCUUUCCUUCACCAAGACAUUUCUCUCUACGCUGGACUCCCGUCCUAUCAAGCUGCGGUCUGACCAUGUCUUCGAUCCGGACCGGAUUGGCCUGCGCGUACCGUAUACACUUCCCCGCCUCCAGGCCCCGCACCCUGAGAUGCCUAAGAAAAUGAAGCAUACACUUGCCCCAGGUUCUUCGAAAUCGGUCAACGUCAACAUCAAGUCUGCGCGCAAUCCGAAUCUCGAGUUUACUAUCCCUAAUGCCCCGCUUUCUACGACAACCGUGCAGGAUUUGAGGGAUGCCAUCGGUGCGCGUGUCAGCGAUGCUCAAGGGAAUCAAGUGCCAUUGGACAAGAUCAAGAUUCUAUACCGCCGCAAGCCUGUGACGGGCACAGCAAAGACAGUGGCCGAGAUCCUGGCCGAUGAGCCUGAGAUGUUGGCAGGAGGAAAAGCGGUCGAGUUUGGGAUAAUGAUUAUCGGAGGGGCCCAGGCCAUCGACGUACCUUCCCGAGCAGAAGCUGCAAAGGACAAUGUAUCCCCACCCAAGCCUGCGGUUGGACCAAGUGGCGCGGAGGUGUUGCAGACCGAAGCUUUCUGGGCUGAUCUUGAGGGCUAUCUCGAGCAACGGCUGAAGGACACGGACGAGGCGAAACACUUGCAAGCGUUGUUCAAAAGCGCUUGGAUUUCCAGUCGAUCGUAG